CUUUCUGUAAAAGGUUAUAAUGACAAGCAACACAUCUUGCUCAAGAAGAUCAUUGAGAAAAUGGCUACUUUUGAGAUUGAUGAAAAACGAUUUGAAAUUAUCAAGGAAGCGUACAUGAGAUCGCUUAACAACUUCAGGGCUGAACAGCCUCACCAGCAUGCAAUGUAUUAUCUCCGACUCCUGAUGACAGAAGUUGCUUGGACCAAAGAUGAACUAAAAGAAGCUCUAGAUGAUGUCACUCUUCCCCGUCUCAAGGCCUUUAUAGCUCAGCUGUUGUCACGGUUACACAUUGAGGCUCUUCUCCAUGGCAAUAUAACAAAACAGGCUGCAUUAGGAAUUAUGCAGAUGGUAGAGGACACUCUCAUUGAGCACGCUCAUACAAAGCCGCUUCUUCCCAGUCAGCUAGUGAGAUACAGAGAAGUGCAACUUCCUGAUAGAGGUUGGUUUGUAUAUCAACAGAGAAAUGAAGUUCAUAACAAUUGUGGCAUUGAAAUAUAUUACCAGACAGACAUGCAGAGCACUUCUGAGAAUAUGUUUUUGGAGCUUUUUUGUCAAAUUAUCUCAGAACCAUGCUUCAAUACGCUGCGCACCAAGGAACAAUUAGGUUACAUUGUGUUCAGUGGUCCACGUCGGGCAAAUGGCAUACAAGGACUGCGAUUUAUUAUCCAAUCUGAAAAGCCACCACACUAUUUAGAAAGCAGAGUUGAAGCAUUUUUAAAAACUAUGGAGAAAUGUAUAGAAGACAUGACAGAAGAGGCCUUCCAAAAACACAUCCAAGCUUUAGCAAUUCGUCGUCUAGACAAACCAAAGAAGCUGUCUGCAGAAUGUGCUAAAUACUGGGGCGAAAUCAUUUCCCAGCAGUAUAACUUUGACAGAGAUAACAUUGAAGUGGCUUAUCUAAAGACCCUGACCAAGGAUGAUAUUAUACAAUUCUACAAGGUGCUGUUGGCAAUAGAUGCUCCCAGAAGACACAAGGUAUCAGUACACGUCCUUGCAAGGGAAAUGGAUUCCUGCCCUGUUGUUGGAGAAUUUCCAUGCCAAAAUGAUGUGAAUCUGGCACCAGCUCCACCGCUACCACAGCCAAGUGUGAUUGAAAAUAUGACAGAAUUCAAGCGCAGUCUGCCACUNUUUCCACUGGUGAAACCACAUAUCAAUUUCAUGGCUGCAAAACUGUGA